AUGUCACGUAACGCCCUCUCGGUUUCUGAUGUCGUUGCGAGAGAUGCUGCGACCUACAAAUCCUCUACGGUUUUUGAUCUUUUGUCUCUCAAGGGCAAGGUCACGGUAGUGACAGGCGCUGGGCGGGGAAUUGGGCUUGUGUUAGCGAGAACGGCAGCCGAAUUGGGCAGCAGCGUCGCACUGCUCGAUGUACUCCCGACGCCAGCUGAUGAUCCGUCAGAAUUGGAAAGAGAUUUCGAUAUACGGGCGAAAUAUUAUCGAGCCGAUGUAACCGAAUUUACUCAGCUGGCCGAGGUUUUUGACCAAGUGAAGCAUGAUUUUGGUCACAUUGACAACUGUAUCACCGCUGCUGGACUAGUCUUGGACAAGCCUUUUCUGGAUCAUGAGUGGGAGGAGAGUGCAAGGAUAAUGAACGUCAAUGUCUUGGGCAGCUUCUUUUCUGCACAACUCGCCGCCAAAGCCAUGGUGGAGCAUAAACGCGGCGGCAGCAUCGUAUUAAUCUGCUCAGGUGCCGCACAUGCCUCGACCCCGUCACGACGCAUGUCUAUCUACAGCGCCUCGAAGGGCGCGAUUUGGUCUUUGACGAAGAAUCUUGCCGUUGAGAUGGCUCCACUGAACAUCCGUGUUAACUGCGUAUCCCCUGGUUUCAUCGCGACGGAGAUGGUCUUGGACGCGGCAAGCAAAGACGAGAAGAUCUGGGAGCAGUUCAGGGACGGGCCCCCACUGAAACGGAUCGGACUCAGGAGUGAAAUCAAAGGCAGUGUAGGAUAUCUGCUAAGCGAGGCUGCUGCAUUUACCACGGGCACUGAUAUUCUUGUGGAUGGCGGUAUAACGUCUGGAAGGAUCUGA